GCACCUAUUGGCACAGAUUGUCAAUAUCUAGGUGUGUAAUAGAUGUGAAGCUGUCAGCCAGACUGACUCCAGACAACUCCUCAUUGCGAUGGCCGUGGCUCUGUCGCACAUUGAGAAUGGACUGCUGGCCUUGGCGUCUCUUUCCCAGAGCUUGAGGGAGUCGUAUGGCACAGAAAAAGCCUGUGUUCAGGGUGGCUUACCAGAGGCCCCUUGUGCUACUCCACUGAUCUGUAGCUUUGGAAGGCCAGUGGACCUGGAGAAGGAUGACUACCAGAAGGUUAUAUGCAACAACGAGCAUUGUCCAUACAGCACUUGGAUGCACCUUCAGUGCUUCUACGAGUGGGAAAGCAGCAUCCUCGUCCAGUUCAAUUGCAUUGGCAGAGCCAGGAGCUGGAACGAAAAGCAGUGUCGCCAAAACAUGUGGACCAAGAAGGGAUAUGACCUGGCUUUUCGGUUUUGCUCCUGUCGGUGUGGGCAGGGCCAUUUAAAGAAGGACACGGACUGGUACCAGGUGAAGCGAAUGCAGGAUGAUAAGAAGAAGAAGUCAGUAUUGGAGAAGAGUACGGGAAAGUCCAUGACGGAGUCAGCAGAAGAGGCCAAAAAAGGCAGGCCUGCCAACAAGCCCCAGAAAGGCUUGAGUAAUGACCUCCAGCGAAGGCACUCUAUGGACAGGCAGAACUCCCAAGAGAAGGGUGUCAUGGGUGGCAGCUACGCCGUUCGCUCACCUUGUGUCUCUCCAGGCCAGUCCCCACCCACCGGCUACUCUAUCCUCGCCCCCACGCAUUUCAGUGGCCCUCGUUCCUCACGAUACUUGGGAGAGUUUUUGAAGAAUGCCAUUCACCUGGAGCCCCAUAAGAAGAACAUGGCUGGUGGGGGCAUGUUCAGGAAUGCACAUUUUGAUUAUGGGGCAGCUGGCUUGCAAGCACAUAGAUCAGGACACUUCGAUACCCCUGUGCAAUUUCUCAGAAGGCUCGAUCUAUCUGAGCUGCUCACUCACAUCCCCAGGCACAAAUUAAAUACUUUCCAUGUGAGGAUGGAAGACGAUGCCCAAGUGGGCCAAGGGGAGGACCUUCGGAAGUUCAUCCUUGCUGCUCUCAGUGCCAGCCACAGGAAUGUUGUAAACUGUGCUCUGUGCCACAGGGCGCUGCCAGUGUUUGAACAGUUUCCCCUGGUGGACGGGACCCUGUUCCUUAGCCCAUCGAGACAUGAUGAGAUUGAAUAUGAUGUUCCCUGUCACCUUCAAGGAAGGCUUAUGCACCUCUAUGCUGUUUGUGUAGACUGCUUAGAAGGGGUUCACAAAAUUAUCUGCAUUAAGUGCAAGUCCCGAUGGGAUGGAAGCUGGCAUCAGCUGGGAACUAUGUAUACCUACGAUAUUCUGGCAGCAUCUCCCUGUUGUCAGGCUCGACUGAACUGUAAGCACUGUGGGAAGCCAGUAAUAGAUGUACGGAUUGGCAUGCAGUAUUUCUCUGAAUACAGCAACGUCCAGCAGUGUCCUCACUGUGGAAAUCUAGAUUACCACUUCGUGAAGCCAUUUUCUUCAUUUAAAGUUUUGGAGGCUUAUUGACGAAAGCUUUGCUUUAGUAAUAGCUAUUUUAUGGGUAUUUCAACUUUAUUACAUAUCUUUUUAUAGGAUUCAUUCUGUGAUGAAAUCUAAUUUCUUUUCUAACUGAAAGAGCAGCUUCUUUGUCAGUGUACAUAUUAAUAUGUAUAUAUACAUGUUGUUAAAACCAGAAUCCUCCUGACAAGAUCUCUGUGAAGGUUGGAGGCAAGCCAAUUUAAUGGCCUUUCAGUAUAUCCCAUGUGUGGGAUAAAGUUCAGCUAAAAAUGAUUUGGGUUUAUUUUUUGUAUAAUUGUAAUACAGUUUAUAUGAAGGGUGUGGGGAGACAUACAGGACAGAGAAAUAUGUCCAGUUGGAAAAUGGGUAAUUGUAUAGGGUUGUUCCUCCAGCUUGGUAGAAAUGGGAAAUCCUUGGAAAGAAGUGAUUCUGUUAGUGUUGAAUUCAUUCAGCCUUUUGCAUUGGUUCCCAGGGGGACAGGAGCUGGCCCUAUGUUGCCAGUCUCCUCAGCAGGCUUUCUUUCAGAUUUUCCCACGACUGGGGUAAACUAAGGUAUCAUGACAAGUGAAUGUAAAUGUGUGCCAGAAAAUGCAAUCUUGAAUGAGUUCUUUUGGCAUCGCGUCUUCCUGCCAUGUGUGUUUGAUGUGCGUUGCCCUCACUGAGCUACAGUGGGGCUGUCAUGUGCCCAGCUGGGUCAUCUGCUCAUACCAAAACAAGCUGGAGAUUUUAAAAUGCUUUUUUUAAAGGUAUUUCUUCACAGACAUUUUAGGGAAGGAACUGGCUGAGCUGAGCAGGGAUGUGUUUGUAUGUGCCUGCUGGGGCUGAGGUUUUGCUGCCUGCGGCAGGCUGCUGUGACCUUCCACAAAGGUGAACCAUGAAGUGGGAUCUGGGCCCUCAGACCUGUGAGAGCUGAGAGGUAUUGAGUACAAAACAUGUCAUCACUUUUUAAAAUGAUUAAUUAAUGCACCUUCGUCUUUCAAAAUUGUGUUCAGUUUGGGAUCUAAAAACACGGAGAUGUUUUAAGAAAGCAAACUUAGYGUAUUUACUUUCUACAUGCCUCUGUGCUGUAUAUAAUAGACUGCAUUAAGCAGUGAAAUUGUAUCAGAAAGCUUGGCCCUGUAGACUCUGCAGUWGUUGUUUCUUGAUUCCCAUUUCUCCCUUCCCUAAAUAAAAUUUUUAAAAUAGGUCAUUAACCUUUUGCUUGGUUUCUCAAAUCAGUUGAGAUUUAGGGGACAUUUGGUUUUUUACUUUUCUCGAUAGUGUGUUUAUGAAAUGUUUGUCCACUUGAGAAGUGUGGGUUUUGUUUCUGUUUACAUGGUGGGAUUAUUUUUUGUUUCUUCUGAAGUUUCUUGUUUUUCAAAUUAGAAUCUUUUCAGAGUAUCUCUUGAAAUCAYGCUCUUGAAAAUGGCCCUGAUAGUCUGCCACCCUGGGAGAGAAAACAGAAAAGUCAGAAGCCAAAAUAAUGUUUUUCCUAUGUUGGACUGAGAAUUACACUUUCUGCUAAAUUAAGAAAUUACAGUGCACAUAAAUCUCAAGCGGAAUAUCCGUGUUUCUUUGUGUGUAAAAAUGCCGAAUUCAGAGUUUUAUUUCCUGGCUGUCUUCACUGCAGAGUUAGCUCCUUUUAGCAGCAGCUACUCUUCAAGUAAUAUUCAAGCUGCACAGAGCGCUUAUGUUGGCACAGGUGACUUGCUGCUAGUUCGAGUGGCAGUGUCCUUAGAUGCCACCCAGCUCAGUGCUGAUCUGAAUAGCYGAGUUAGCAGCUGUGGUAGCCUUCACCACUGGUGCUCCUCUCCUUCUGUCCAUGUUCCCGGGUUUAGUUUUGGGCCUGGAACAUAUUCUUGGGGUUUUUGUGCAGUUUUCCCAUUUGCAGCGGUUUUCAGAAAACCUGUUCCUUCUUCUGGGAGAAUUAUGGGAAGGACUUUAAAAGACUUCUAACACUGUCCUGUUGUGGCUACCACAAAGUUACACCAAGAUCAGCUGCACCGGGACCAGCACUGUAACCAUUGUCCAUAGGAGCAGGACCUGGCCUGGACCUAGCUGGGCAGGAGGAAGGUUUCCAGCGGAUAAAACCUGUUUACUUUUGCAGUGUAGACUUCCCUUUUGGAGAGCAAUCAAAUUAUAAUUUGUAUUAACUCCUCCAGAAGGAUGAGCCCUUCAGCUUUGAUGUGCGUUGAGCAGCCUGCUGGAGUUAGGGUGGYUAACAGGGUUGGAGUUGUGCUGCCUGGUGGUACCUUGAGAACCAGACCAGACACAGCAGCGGCUGUCCCAGCAGCCUGAAAUCAYGCAGCAAAGACAAAGCUCCUGUAAUGAGAAGCAAUUAAAGCAUACAUCUCUUACUGUAGGUUCGGUCUUAAGUGCCAGKCACACAUGUCAUGAGCCUGGGAUGUCGAUUCCCACAUAGAAUACAUGGCACUGUGUGCCCACUUUUUGGUGCAGUGGUGAGGGAAGGUGUCACUGUGCAAUGCACAUGGUAGGGAAGAAGUGGGAUCUGGAAUUGUCCUAGAUACUUGUUUGCUUACUUCCCUUAGAGUAGCCUAAUUUAGAAUUCUGCCCUUUAAGUUCUUGGAUGCCUCUUUAGACCUGUGUGUGUGACAAUCAAAAAUCAGUAGAUAUUGAAUAAAUGGAGUAUAGCCAGCUUUAAAAACAAGUCUAUGAGAGAUUGUACAAUAUUUCAAAGUCAAAACCAGGAAUGGAGCAGGCUGAGAAAAUGGGAAGAGGAAAGCAUGAGGAAAUGCCUGUUUUCUUGGAAAACAUAUCUCUCAAGUGGAGGCUAGCAGCACACAUAGCACUGUAAAAAUGAUCCUCAGGGGAAACCAGCUGAGCUGCAGAAAGAUUCCUCUGAACUUCCACUCCAACAUAAGUUAUCCCCAAUUUGUAGGGGCAUUCCCYGCUUCUCCUUGGUACUGAAAGCUGCUCUUGGGUUACUGCAAAAUGCGGUAUUUUCUGUAACAUGCAGAUUCCAGUCAAGCGGUCAGCCUCACCUUUGGCUAUGAGAGUUUCCUGGGCUUUGCAGAGGUAUAAGCGCAAAUGUGAUUUCUGCGGGACCCAGUGACUACUUUGGAAGUUAAACUAGACCACGGUGUCUCUGCUUUUUGUCCAAACAAGCAUUGGAAGUAGUCAUGAGCUUAUAAAUACAUUAAAAGGGAAAUGACUUCCCUAGCUAGGGAGCUGCUUGCUUUGCUUAUUUGGCCAGUUGAUUCAUUGCAUUUCAUUUUUCUGAUGCUGUGUGUUCUUUUUAAGCUGGCCUGUGGUCAAAUUAAAUUUGCCUGAAACAUGUUUUGUAAGCGACAAUGCAGUCCUCUGGGUUUGGAGGUUCAUUCUGCUCUUAAGUGCACGAUACUCCUUGUGAUAGUAAUAGGGGUUGCAUGUGCAAAUGCUUUUCUUUCCAGUAGUUAAAUCUCCUUUCCAUAGGAGAGGCUUGCAUUUAGGUAGACUUCAUAUUGUGGAUGUGUAAAAAUUAUUUCAUCCAUCAGUAAGAUGUCUACAAAUAAAUUUUGAUAACCGUAACUAACAAAAUGGACAUCUUUUACAUGCUGAUGUGUAAUUUGACAUCUACCAAUGUAAACAGCCUGAAAUUGUUGUUCUGUCUAAUGCUGCAGAGUCAUUAAAACUACAGUGUUCUAUAGCCAGACCAUAGACUGUCCUAUAGUCUAUUUACAUUAACAUCUCCAGUAAUGAACAGUAUAUUCAUAAUAAGUUUAAUUGGAAAAGUAAGGAAUAAUCCUACGAGGGAGGCAUCUAGCCCAAUUUCUUUCUUCUUUCCUUUUUUUUUCCCCCCUCCCAUGUAUUCUUCAUUUUGCUGUACCAAGUAACCAAGGACAAACAUGUUGUAAGGCCACUGGUGAGAAAACCCUUCAAAAAUAUACUUGUCCAUAAAGGUUUCUUGUUGAGACAUUCUUGGAUUGCACUUUUGCAGAUGGAAGAAUAUGUACAUAGCAAAUGAAUGUUGAUGAAAUUAAAAUAAUUGGUUAUGAUAUCAUUUACGUGUGUUGUUAGAGAAUAUUUUGUUGUGAGUUCUCUGUAUUAAAAAGUAAUAAAUACCAGACAGCUGAUGGUGUGGGUUCUUUUUUCCCUGUUCUCUGGAGUAGUUUCUUACACCUGCUCUUUGUAGAAUUACUCCAGUUGCCUUAAAGGGCACAGUAAACCCGGGUUUUUGGUUUUAGUUAAAAUGGA